AUGGAUAAAGAGUAAGGUAAAAAUACACUGUAUGAGAUUUAGGCACUGUUAAAUGCUUAAGAUCUAAAAAGAGCUCACAGAAGCUUUGUGGAAUUAUGCCCAGAUGUGCUAAAUAAAUAACAAUAGGAGUUAAAUAGAAGAAGGCUUAGGUUGAGUAGACAUAAUGCAAGCAAAGUCCCAAUGAGUUUAGAUAUCAAUAAUACUGUAAAUAAUCAGUCUUUUAAGCACACAGAGGGGAUUAGAGAUAUAUCCCCAAAUACAAACGUUCUUUAAGAAUAGCAAAUAGAAAAAUCUCAAACUAUGUUUCAUAGAGUCAAUAAAUACAAAAAUGCAAAGGUAAUAGUGUCUCAAGCUUUUCAUUUGAGAGAUAAAUCUUAGAGCAGGUACAAUAAGAAUUAAAGCAAUCUAAAGAGGAACAAUAACUAGUUUUAAACAGCUCCUAAUGCAAGCAGUCUUACAGAACUUCCACAGGAUCUUCAAUAAAUGGAAAAUUUGAAUGAACUCUCUCUCACUGAGAUCGUUAAUUAAGGAAAAUAAUCUGCUCUAUAAAAGAGACCUCUUGGAUUGAAUUCAGCUUAAAAUUCUUAAAAUAAUAGUUUCGUCGCUUUUCAACCCUAAAGGAACAUUAUCACUCCUAUGGAUAGAUAAUAAAGAAAAUCAUGCGUUCCACCACUAAAUGGUAGAAAUCAAACAAUUGAAAGCAUGAAUAGUAUUAGUAGACCACCCAGAGAUAAGUCUAGAUUAAAUGAAGGAUAAUCUGUUGAAAGAAAGCAGCAAAUUAUUCGCAUUAGAAGCAGAUAAGGAUCGGCUAUAAGCACACAUAAUAAUAGUACUAUAUUUGCGAUAGAUUCUACUAGCAACACCAACAGCACAAGAGACUAUGGAAACUAGCCAGGCCCUCUUUAAUUAUUGAGAAGGCAAUCAACUUAAAUAGGGAAAGAUAAUUAAUCAGUUGGUAGUGAAAGAGAUGACUCGAGAAUACUAGUUAGUAGGAGGACUUGCAACUCUUAACUUUAGAAUUUAAUUGAAUUCAAGUCAAAUAUCUCAAACUAAUAAUGGGUUAAUCUUUAUGAGGCAAGAAGUGAGGAUUUAGGCUUAAAGUAAAAUCACUUAUAACUUGAAAGAUUUAUAAAGCUAAUGGAGGGUUAAAAAGAAAAUAGAUUGGAGCUUCGAGAUAUGGGCUUUGAAAUUAAGAGUGCUAAGGUUUUAGCCCAAAUACUGAAGAGUAGCUCCAAAUCAAAAAACAUCACUCAGGUUGAUCUUUCAAUGAAUAAAUUUGGUGGUGAAAGCCUUAAGAUAUUACUUGAUGGCUUGAAAUUUAACAGAAGAAUUGUAUCUUUAAAGCUUUAAAACAACUAAAUAACUGCAGAUGACUAAAAGACUUUAUAUUCCUUUAUAAAAGAUCAUCCAUCAUUAGUAAAUAUUGACUUAGGGAAUUCAGAUAUAAAUAAAUAGAGAAAUAAAUUAGGAAAUUAAGGUUUCUAGUCUAUAGUCAAUGCUAUUGUGGAUUCACAAAACUCAUUAAUGUCAAUGUUAAAUAUACAGCUUAACUAGAUUACUGAUAAUCAAAUUCUUGUUGAUCUACUUACUUAUAAACAAUCACAAAUUGUAUCACUUAAUUUAUCUGAUAAUGACCUAGGAGUUGAAUUCUUUGAGAAAUUGGGACCAUACAUUAAUAAACUUACGGAGUUAAAUUUAUCUAAUACAAAGUUGAAUAAUAGAUCUUGCAUUGACCUAUCAUUAGCUUUAAAAGAAAAUAAGUUUUUUAUCAGCUAUUUAAAUCUAAGUCGUAACUAAAUAACCAGUGAAGGAGUUCAUAAGGUGCUUAAUAGUCUUAAAAAUAAUUAAUAUCUUACUAGACUUGACCUGUCUUAUAAUGACUUGCAUAAUUAUAGCUCAUUGACAAUCUUUGAAAACUUCUUCUCGUAAAAUCGACAUUUAGAGUGUUUAAGUUUAAAUAACUGCAAGUUAGAUUUAAAAGGCAUUACUAUUAUUUCAAAAGCUUUAAGAAGAAAUGUUGGGCUGAAGACACUUAAUUUAUCAUCUAACUAAUUUAAUGAUGAAGGACUAUAUCAGUUGACUUAAUCUCUACUUGAUAAUACUUAAAACACAAUAGCAGAGAUUGAUCUAUCUAGAAAUAGUCUUGAAUUAAGAUUACUUGAAGGAAAUAAAUAACUCACUUAGAGUUUCAUUGAAUAUCUGAGAGUCAAUAAGUCAUUAAAAAUAUUAAAUAUCAAGGAUAACCUUGUCAGGGAUAAAGAAGCUCAAAUAAUACUUAAUAAUAUUACCUUGAACUAGAGUAAUUAAAUGAUAGUGCUGUUUGAUAUGAAUCCUUGUAGUCACAACAUUAUGAAGGAAUUUUAAAGAUACAACAAAGAUAUGUAAAAUAUCACUAAGGAAUAAGAAAUACCCUAAAUCAAAGAUGAAAUAGAGAAUCUUAGAAAACAGCAUGAAUAGGCUUUGGUAGAGUGUUAAGAAAAUGAGCAAAGUUUUAUAGAUAAAUCUUUCGAGACCGUUUCGAGUAACCGUAUUCCGAAAUCUAAAAGAUCUCAAAAUAUCAUUGAGACUACAGAAUUAAUCACUCAUCAGAUAAAAUAAUUCUAGCGAGCGAAGACUAUCACAUAAGAGUAGUUUUAGAAUGAGGACUAGGAUCUUGAGCAUUUAAAACUAUAGGAGAAUAAAAAAUUCAAACAACUCAAAAAGGAAAGAGAAAUUCUCAGACAAAAGAGAAUAGAUUUGGAUUUUGAGGAUGAAAGAUUAGAUUUAAGAGUUCUUACCAAAGAGAAGGAUUUAAAAAAGUAGUAUGAAGAUCUCUUGCACAAGAUUGACGUUGUCAAGCUUGCUCAGUAAAAAUGUGAAAAAGAAUCAAAGAUUUAUAAGAAAGAUCUGGAAAAGAAAAAAGAGUCUCAUUAGCUACAAAAAGACGCCUGGAGACAUGAAUUGGAACAAAUAGAAAAAGAGUAGAGCAUCACAGUCCUAAUAUAUGAGAACUAUGUCAAAGAGAUUCAAAGAGUUAAAGCAAAACAAUAACUAGAAAUUAUUGAAGAGACUAAGAAUUAGAAUCACCAGCAACAAGAUAGAUUCUCAAUAGAAAACCAAGAAAAUGUGAACAGGGAGAAUCUGAACAAGAAGACAUAGAAUUCUCUUUGUAAAAGGUCAAAUAUGAAGAAAAAGACUAAUUAAAGAUUAAGAUAAGUCUAAAACUUGAAUAAGCCAAAAGGUUUAGAAUCUAAUAAGUCUAUGUUGAUAUAAUGCUAAUUGUUUGGAGAUCAAACUUAGGAAAAAAGGACAUCUCUAAAGCCCCUCUAAAGAGUAUCAAUUGGAAAUACUAUGAGUGGUACUAGAUUAAUGAAAUCUACUGAUAUAAAUGUGGAAUCUCCUACAAACUAGAUCAAGGACUUGAAAAAGCUCAAGAGAAGGAUGAAAAACUAAUUUAAAGAGGAGGAAGAUAAUAAGAUCACUAAGAAGUAAUUUAGUAGAAACAGCUCUGAAAAAACCUCAAAUCAAAAGUCAAAUGGAGAUUUCGAUAAAUGGACUUUUAAAACCAGCCUAAAUGAUCAUAUAAGGUGUUGA